AUGUCUCACUCAGGUGCUCAAGGCAGCAUUGGCAGCCACUCUGCCAUAGGAGUGCGCAACCACAAGAUAUACCUCUAUGAAUAUGAGAACUUCCAAGGCCGUAGGAUGGACCUGUUUGGAGAGAACCGUAACCUGUGUGAGAAGGGUUUUGAAAGAAUUGGCUCCAUCAGAGUGGAGUGUGGACCCUGGGUGGGUUUUGAGCAGCAGAACAUGACUGGUGAGAUGUUCAUGCUGGAGAAGGGAGAGUACCCUCGCUGGGACACCUGGUCCAACAGCUACAGGUGUGACCGCUUCAUGUCCGUCAGGCCCGUCCGAAUGGACCCCCAGGACCACAAGAUUUGCCUGUAUGAAUGUCCAAACUUCGAGGGUCGUAAGAUGGAGGUGUGCGAUGAGGAUAUUCCCAGCCUGUGGUCUUACGGUUUCCAGGACCGUGUUGCCAGCAUUCAGGUCACUGGUGGAACCUGGGUGGGCUACCAGUACCCUGGCUACCGCGGCUACCAGUAUGUGUUUGAAAUGGGCCCUUUCAAGCACUGGAACGAGUGGGGAGCCCACCACCCCCAGAUCCAGUCCAUCCGCAGGGUGAGAGACAUGCAGACGCACCGCAGGGGCUGCUUCGAGAUGACCGCAUAG